AUGAGGCCAAACCUUAAUGGAGUACCCUCUUAAAGCAUGAUGAGCAAUUUGACUAACGAUUCUUAAUUCUAUCUCCCACAUUUAAGAAGUGAAACACAAUAAUUAAAUAGCUCAUCUUCUAAUAUAACAGCAGACUCCUCACUUACUGCUUUUCAAACGAAUGGAAACUAGGUAGAUAUAUAAAUAGGAGUGUUAAUGAUUUUAUAGACUCGAUCGCUAUUAAGUGGAAGUUCUUUCAAUUCAUCAAUGAGAAGUCAUAGUACUGAAAAAUAAACCAGCAUGUUUUUAUCAAAGCUUGAUAGUAAAAUUAGCUAGCUAUCUUAAGACGAUAGCAAUAUGAUAAGCAAGAACUCUACAAAUUAAACGCAAUAAAAUCCCUUGAAAAAUCAGACUAGGCGACAGUAGGUUCAGAAGGCUCUACCAACAUUUUUACCUAAAACAGGCAUUGAGCAGCCGUUUACAAAAGAUAGACCGAGAUUCAUCGAGAACCAUAAAGAAUUUGAACCGAUCUAAUUUAUGAAUCCCUAUCUUGUUGAGGAAUUUCAAAGGCAAGAUAGCGAGAAAACUAUGAGUGGAAAUAAUACUCUUUAAAGAAUAGUUUAUGAUUGUUUGGAUCCAUCACCAUUUUAUGAUGGUCAAGAAGCUUAUUUAGAUGAAAAUGAUGCAAUAGAAAUUCCGAAUGAAGAGUAAAAUACGGACUAUAGGAAAUAUCCUUAUGGAUAGAAUUUUUCAUUUGGCUAGAAUGUAAAUGCGCGAGGUAUGAGAGUAAACAGAUUCUAUUAGAAGUUAAAGCCAUAUUAUGUUCUUUAGCAAGAAAAUGAUAAUACUUUGAUUUUUGAGAGUAGAUUUGAAUCUGGUAAUUUAAGAAGAGCCGUUUAGGUUAGUGAAUUUGAGUAUGACCUAAUCCUCAAGUAUGAUUAUGGAACAAGCAAUUAUACUUAGUGGUACUAUUUCAAAAUUAGUAAUAUGAGGAAGGAUGUAACCUAUAAGUUCAAUAUCAUCAAUCUAAUAAAGCCAGAAAGUUCAUAUAAUUAAGGGAUGAGACCACUUCUUUAUUCAAAGAAAGAAGCAGAUGAAAACAAUAUUGGCUGGUCUAGAGAGGGAUAUAAUAUAGCCUAUUUUCAAAAUAGCAUGAAAAAGAAGGGAGGAGGGUUUUAUCAUACUUUGACUUUUUCUGUGAAUUUCCCUUAUGAUAACGAUGAUGUCUAUCUAGCUCAUUGUUACCCUUAUACGUAUUCUAACUGUUGCGAAUUUUUAAACCAGAUUUGUACUUAAGAUACUAAAGACAAAAUUAGAAAAACAGUUUUGUGCAAAACGCUUGCUGGAAACGAUUGCGAAAUGGUUAUUAUAACAAAUUUCACCUCUAGACCAGAAGAGAUUGCAAUAAGAAGGGCUAUCGUAUUAACUUCAAGAGUUCAUCCUGGUGAAUCUAAUGCCUCAUUUAUCAUGCAUGGUACUUUAGAAUACUUAGUUAGUGAUGAAGAAGGAGCCAAAUACCUUAGAAAUAACUAUGUCUUUAAGAUCAUUCCUAUGUUGAAUCCUGAUGGAGUAAUAAUCGGAAACUACAGAUGUUCAUUAUCUACUUAAGAUCUAAAUAGAUAAUGGACUUUCCCAAAUUCUAAGUAAUACCCUGAAAACUACGCGACUAAACUAAUGAUGAGGAAAACUCUUGAAAGUAGAGAAAUACUUUUCUACUGUGAUUAUCAUGGUCACUCUAGAUAGAAAAAUUUGUUUAUGUAUGGAUGUUAGAACCAAAAAGCUGAUCGCUUAAAAGAAAGAAUAUUCCCUUUGUUGUUUAGCAAAAAUACUGAGAACUUUAGCUUCAAUAAUUGCAGUUUUGUUGUCCAAAAGUCUAGAGAGUCUACUGCAAGAGUAGUUAUGUGGAGAGAAUUUAACUUGAUAAACAGUUUUACUCUAGAGUGCUCUUUUUGUGGACCAACUAGUGGGAUAUAUAAGGAUUGCUAAUUUACAAUAUCUAUAUUAAAGGAUCUAGGAAAGUAAUUCUGCAUUUCACUCAUUGACUAUGUAAAGAAUGAUUUAAAAGUUCGAGAAGUAAUUGAUGAACUUGAAUAGCUCUUUCCUCUAAAUAAGACAGAGGAUGGAUUAAGUUCUUAAUACUGUUAAUCAAUAUAAUAAGAUCAGGAUAAUCAGUAUAAGAAUGAAAAUAACACAAAUAAUAUAGCACCUUCUAGUAAAAAUGGAAAUGGAAAUGGCUAAUAUGGUACUUACAUAGUUGGACUUGAGUAGUAGGCUGAAGAUGAAAAGAUGGCUGUAAAUGGUAGCGGAGAUGAUAAAAAUAGUGUAAUAAAGAAAAAUGCAAAUACAGUAAAGCCAAUAAAGAAAAAAACAUAAGGAACGAAUGGGGCUUUGACUUCUAAAGGCAAUCAGAUUGUUUCAUAGCAUACCUAUAAGAAAUAAUAAAGUGAACAAAUUCAAUAAAAUGGUAAAGGUGCAGUAAACUAUGCAGCUCCGAAUAGCAAUUCUAAUUAUAUGUAUCGUCACUCUUUAUCAAGUGAGAAUAUGGCUUCGGGUCUUGGCAAAUACGAAGAAUAAAAGAAAAUACCUUCAAAAGAGAGCAAGACCUAAGGGAAAUAAAAAAAAGCUAAAAAUAAAAAGAGCAGUAAAUAAAACCUUCAGAAUGAAGAUUAAGCUAUACAAAAUGCAAAUAAUAAUGGAGGAAGCGUAAAAAUCUCUCUACCCACUGUCAAGGUUGAUAGUUAAAGUAGCGCUAAUUCACACUGA